UGGCCACAGUAGCCACGCGAGGACUACAUCUCCCGGGAUGCUCCUUGGGCCCUCCGCGGACGGUCGUGAAUAUGUAUCAGAAUGUUAAUGAUUAGCUGCUGCUAAAUUUGGUCAAAGAAGUCACCUACACAGAGCGCGUUGUUAGAGCCGUUCCGAGCGGGCGUUCGGCUGUUGGCUGCCUUCUUCCCCCUCUUACACACUCGUGUAUUAUUUUGAGGUGGUGUUCGCAGAGUUUGAAAGAGAAUUUUAAAAAGCCGCAAGCGUUUCGCUCUUUUAUUUUUAUAAUCCCCUUCAAUUUGGGGCUUAAAAAAAACAGGAAGGAAGAAAAGGAAAUGAAAUGUGGUAAAAGAAGCUAAAAGGUGCCUUUUAAAAGAUCGUUGCUGUGAAGUGAAAAAAAAAAAUCUCCAGAGAACCCCCAAGCGCCGCGAGACCUCUUCCGAACCAAAGGAGUUUGCGCUCGCUCUCAGGGAAGAAGCGACCAUUCAUUCCGAGGAAUAGCAGCCAAUUAAAAGACAAAUAAAAAAAAGUUUGGAGUGGGGCGCGAGCAGGCGGGCGGCGCUCGGCGGGCGCGGGGCUCGGCGGGCGCAGGACGGACGGUGCCCGCCGCCCUCAGUGACGCCCGCGGGGAAUGCGGAGCCGGCCGCCCGCGCCCAGCCGCCGCGCCUGCCUGCCGCCCGCGUCACGCGAGACCCGCAGGCCCGGGACGCCGCCGCGGGGCCCUCGAAGCGGAUGAGCCGCGCGCCUCUGCCUGGCGCAGCCAACUAAAGCGGCGUGGAUGAUUCGCGACCUGAGCAAGAUGUACCCGCAGACGCGCCACCCGGCACCGCAUCAGCCUGCUCAACCCUUCAAAUUUACAAUUUCAGAAUCCUGUGAUCGGAUUAAGGAAGAGUUUCAGUUUUUACAGGCUCAAUACCACAGUCUGAAGCUGGAGUGUGAGAAACUGGCCAGUGAGAAGACAGAGAUGCAGCGGCAUUAUGUCAUGUAUUAUGAAAUGUCCUAUGGGUUGAACAUAGAAAUGCACAAGCAGGCAGAGAUUGUUAAACGACUAAAUGCUAUCUGUGCACAGGUCAUUCCUUUCCUGUCCCAAGAGCACCAGCAACAAGUGGUGCAGGCUGUGGAACGGGCCAAGCAGGUGACCAUGGCAGAACUGAACGCCAUCAUUGGGCAACAACUCCAAGCUCAGCAUUUAUCACAUGGACAUGGUCUGCCUGUGCCUCUGACACCACACCCUUCAGGGCUUCAGCCUCCAGCCAUUCCACCCAUCGGUAGCAGUGCAGGACUUCUGGCCCUCUCCAGUGCACUAGGAGGCCAGUCUCACCUCCCAAUUAAGGAUGAGAAGAAGCACCAUGACAAUGAUCACCAAAGAGACAGAGACUCCAUCAAGAGCUCUUCCGUAUCCCCAUCAGCCAGUUUCCGAGGUUCUGAGAAACACAGGAACUCUACAGACUAUUCCUCAGAGAGCAAAAAGCAGAAAACAGAAGAAAAAGAAAUUGCAGCUCGCUACGAUAGUGAUGGUGAAAAGAGUGAUGACAACUUAGUCGUUGAUGUGUCCAAUGAGGAUCCAUCUUCCCCUCGAGGAAGCCCAGCACAUUCCCCAAGGGAGAAUGGCCUGGACAAGACACGCCUCCUCAAGAAAGAUGCCCCCAUCAGCCCCGCUUCUGUUGCAUCUUCCAGCAGUACUCCUUCCUCCAAAUCCAAAGAGCUUAGCCUUGUAAAGAGAGAGUGGAUGAAAAUGAGAGAAAAACAUCAUAGUAAAGUUGAAAAAUACACACUGGAGUUAGUGCGAUGGUCUGAUUGCCUGUGGUUUGUGAAUGAAAAGUCUACUACUCCUGUUUCAAAGUCCAAUACCCCUACUCCACGAACUGAUGCACCUACCCCUGGCAGUAACUCUACUCCCGGAUUGAGGCCUGUACCUGGAAAGCCACCAGGUGUGGACCCCUUAGCAUCCAGCCUGAGGACCCCGAUGGCUGUACCUUGUCCAUAUCCAACCCCUUUUGGGAUUGUGCCCCAUGCUGGGAUGAAUGGAGAGCUGACGAGCCCUGGAGCAGCCUAUGCUGGGCUGCACAACAUCUCCCCCCAGAUGAGUGCAGCUGCUGCAGCAGCAGCAGCAGCAGCAGCCUAUGGAAGAUCACCUGUGGUGGGAUUUGAUCCACACCAUCACAUGCGUGUGCCAGCAAUACCUCCAAACUUGACAGGCAUUCCAGGAGGAAAACCAGCAUACUCCUUUCAUGUUAGUGCCGAUGGCCAGAUGCAGCCUGUCCCUUUUCCCCCUGAUGCCCUCAUUGGACCGGGGAUCCCCAGACAUGCUCGUCAGAUCAACACCCUCAACCAUGGGGAGGUAGUGUGUGCAGUGACCAUCAGCAACCCCACCAGGCACGUGUACACAGGUGGCAAGGGCUGUGUAAAGGUCUGGGACAUCAGCCACCCUGGCAACAAGAGCCCGGUCUCUCAGCUGGACUGUCUGAACAGGGAUAACUACAUCCGUUCCUGUAGAUUGCUCCCUGAUGGUCGCACCUUAAUUGUUGGAGGGGAAGCCAGUACACUGUCCAUCUGGGACUUGGCAGCUCCAACCCCACGCAUCAAGGCCGAGCUGACAUCCUCAGCCCCUGCCUGCUAUGCUCUGGCCAUCAGCCCCGACUCCAAGGUCUGCUUCUCAUGCUGCAGUGAUGGCAACAUUGCAGUGUGGGAUCUGCACAACCAGACUCUGGUGAGGCAAUUCCAGGGGCACACAGAUGGAGCCAGCUGUAUUGACAUUUCUAAUGAUGGCACCAAGCUCUGGACAGGUGGUUUGGACAACACUGUAAGGUCCUGGGACCUUCGUGAAGGGAGGCAGCUGCAGCAACAUGACUUCACCUCUCAGAUCUUUUCUUUGGGCUAUUGCCCAACUGGAGAGUGGCUUGCAGUGGGGAUGGAGAAUAGCAAUGUGGAGGUGUUGCAUGUCACCAAGCCAGACAAAUACCAGUUGCAUCUUCAUGAGAGCUGUGUGCUGUCACUCAAGUUUGCCCACUGUGGCAAAUGGUUUGUAAGCACUGGAAAAGACAACCUUCUGAAUGCUUGGAGGACACCUUAUGGGGCCAGCAUAUUCCAGUCCAAAGAAUCCUCAUCGGUGCUUAGCUGUGACAUCUCUGUGGAUGACAAGUACAUUGUCACUGGCUCUGGGGACAAGAAAGCUACGGUUUAUGAAGUUAUUUAUUAAGGACAAAUCUUCGUGCAAACUGGACUCCUCCUCAUAGCACUUUGCGCUGUUGUACUUUUCUGUUCACCCCCUCUCCCAUUCUAAAACCAAGGAUUUCCAAUACU